UGAACUCGACGAUCUUUUCGUGACCAUCCUUCUGGACUUGCGCCUUUCUCUCAAUGGAAAGAAAAAAACGUGCAGGUAUACAUAUAAACAAAGCCUUGAAGUGUAUGUUUGAGCUGCAACCUCACCUUUAUGAUGAUCACCAUUAUUUGACAAGGCUAAAGAAAUAUUUCCGCUUAACUCACAACGCCCAAUGAACUGACGAUAUCCUUCAUAAAAGUUCGACUUAUUCCAAACCUUCAAAAUGGUUCAUGCUGACUCAUCGACCUUCGCUUCCGGCUUGAGCAAGGCUGAGGUCUAUACACAAGUGCUAGAACAAGCCCAAGGAUUAUUCGAGAGUCAAAGAAACUGGGUUUGGUAAGAGCAAAAGCUGUUUAGAUCAUGGUGAAUUUGCGUGUUUAAAUGCUAAACAGCAAUCUUGCAAACGCCUCAUCUCUUCUGUAUCACGGAUUGCUCUCGCUCCCCAGACCAAGUUCCGCCGUCAAUUGGUGUGGGUUUUACGUUGUCGACAAGCAAAAUCCGGGACAGCUGAUUCUCGGUCCUUUUCAAGGCAAAGUUGCGUGUCAGACUAUUGCAUUUGGUCGUGGUGUGUGCGGCACCGCAGCAAAAGAAGUCAAGACUCAAUUGGUUCCGAAUGUGGACGCAUUUCCCGGUCAUAUAGCAUGCGAUUCAGCGAGCAAGAGCGAAAUAGUGGUCCCAAUUAUUCAAAAUGGAAAGACAGUUGCAAUCAUCGAUAUAGAUUGUGCGGAACUUGAAGGCUUUGAUGAAGAAGACAAGGAAUACCUAGAGAAAUUUUCCGAGCUGAUUUCGAAAUCCAGUGAUUUUUAAAGGCUGCGACAAAAUACAAAACCAAUAGAAUAUGAUUGAUUAUACA